AUGGCGAACCGACUCUCCAUGUUCUCCAUGGCCUCGGAGGCUCGAGGUGGUGGACCUCAGUCUCAGGUCUCGACAACCACGCUUCUCAACUCCAUCCACAACAUCUAUCUCUCCUCACAGCCUCAUCAGCUGGAUGCGAGCACCAGUGUUGUCGUUAACACCUGGCUCACAGCUGCUCAGGGCGGUCCUGCCGUUGAUGCUACACUCGCGUCGCGGGCUUGGGAACAUGCCAGGCGGCGUGCAGAAGACGGCUGCAUUGUCUUGGGCUCUCUACACCAGUCGACUCCCUCCCUUCUCGUCCCUUUCCUGUCCUCGUUCCCGUUUGCAAUUCCCUCCACCGUCUACAAGGCUCUCGAGGCCGUCCAGCCGCUUCUCCGAUGUGUCACUCCACACAACCCAGCGGCCCAAAGGCAGGCAGGUCUGGGCGUGACCUUGGCCUUGAACCUCGCCGGCAACCUUACUGGGGCUACGCUGGCCCUUUCCCAGGGUGGAAUUGAUACUUCCGCGGGCUUGCUGAACAUCCCUGCCGAGGCGGGUUAUCGCGCCUUUGAUGUCUUCUACUAUCUCUUGACCUCUGCCUCAACACCCGCGGAAAGAGAAUUUUUGGGUCUCAAAUCAGCAUCCGCAUACACUCUCCUGUCCCGAUCUGGCACAUACGACCCGCCCUCAUACCUACCCACUGCAGACGAUUCCGCAUCGGCCGAUGACUUCCGCCAGGCUCUCAAAGACAUUGGCAUUAAGGGUUCCGCUCACCGAAAUUUCAUCUCUACUCUUGCCGGCCUGCUCAAGCUUGGCGACACGCUUGAUUACAGCAUUGAAUCCGAGGCGCUUGAGGAGAUUUGCGAGGACGUAGGUGGUCUGCUUGGAAUCGACCCGGAGGUCGUUCUGCGCCAGUGCAGCACGGAGGACCGUAAGACUCUGGUUGGCGGACUCUAUGAGUCCCUUGUUGAUUGGGUCAUCUCAAAAGCCAACGAUGCCAUUGCUGCGCAGUUGGUCCGUAUCAAGGAUGGCGAUGAGUCCUUGGACGGGCAUGGAGUCCGCACCCCCACUUCCAACGAGGACAAUGGCGAUACUGUUGCCAUCACUGUUCUCGAGGUGCCAGAUCCUGCCAUUAGUAGGGCGCUGUGCAUGCGUUCCGUCUUCGACGAUACCCAAGGUAUCAAUGCCGAGAUGAUUGGCGAUGGUUUCGAAAUCCCCUCGGCUGGCUCUUCUAUCCUUAGGGAGGUCCAGCAGGCUGUAUCCGAAGUGGCACCUGACUUGGGAAUCACAACCGGUCCCCAAGGCCGCGAGCGCCAGCAUGAACUAGAGAAGAGGGAGGUCAUCUUGGAGAAGGCUGCAUACGGUGCUGAUGAAGGCAGCUUUCUCAAGAAGCUGCUCUUCCCCGUUGAAGGCCAAGGCAUCAACCUGGGCAGGGCUGGUCGAAUUGACCUACCAACGGUGCUUAGCUCCAACCGUUUGUGGUAUCAUCUCUGCCUGCACCCCACUGAUGAUUCACCCGCUAGUCUUGCAGCGCUGCCUUCCAUCACUUCUGCUUGGUCGGCCGGCACUGUCUCUCGUCAGUUACGCUCGUGGCGUCUUCCGGAAUGGGCGAACCGUAGGCACAGGAACCUUGACUUCACCGCCGACUUUGACGUUGACGAAUUCGUGCAGCGUUAUGCUCCCCUUGGCUGCAGGGAUGGCCGUGAAGGCAUUGAGACGUGGAUGCUGGAGCGUGGCUGGAGCAAUGGCGAAGUCUUCAUUGGCAAGGAACGUAUCUGGAUUCGCGAAAAUGCCUGGUGGGAGGCGGAGAGCUCGCUGGAUAUCAAGCCGGGCGACGAAAUCCAUCCCAUCCACAGCAACCCUUUCAACAACGGCUUUGAUACCGGCUAUUCGGGCAACGGUAGCGGGUAUUUCCCCCCAACCGGCAUGGAAAACAGUGCCAAUGUCAGCCGCGACCAUUUGGUCCACAAUCGCGGCAUGAGCCAGGGCAACAUGAGCCAAUUCACACUUGGCCAAUCACCGAACCCUCAGGCCGCGCCAUCCAUCGCGCCCAGUGCUAUGCGUGCUGGUGAUUAUGGCUUGGGAAACAAGGGUGACACCUACAGGGGCGAUGGCUUUUACAACCCAGAGGCCGCUGCAUACGACACUGAAUAUGCCGAUAAUAAAAUUGAGUCAAAGGAGGUUGACAAUGCCCGUCGGGCAUGGGUUGCUUUUACCUGGGCCAUGACCUGGUGGAUUCCGUCCCCCUUGCUUAAAUGGAUUGGUGGCAUGAAGCGCCCGGAUGUCCGUAUGGCCUGGCGUGAGAAGCUCGCGCUGUGUAUGGUGAUUGUUCUCAUCAAUGGCAUCAUCAUCUUUUGGAUCGUUGGGUUGGGCCGGGUUCUGUGUCCCAACAUGGACAAGGCCUGGAAUCGAAAGGAAGUCAGCCAGCAUCAAGGCACCAACGAUUACUACGUCAGUAUUCGCGGCGGCGUCUACGAUCUUUCCAAGUUCUGGAAGCAACAACACAGUGACACAAAUGUCAAGACCACCUCAGAUGUCAUGCUGCCCUUGGCUGGCGCGGACAUGGAUGAUUACAUCAUUCCUCCUCUGAACGUUGCUUGCCCGGGUCUCGGCCUCACCGACACCUUUCAGCUCGUCCUCAACAACACUCUCGAAUUCUCGACUGCCCAGCAUCUUCAGGGUCCUCACUUUCAACCCGACCCUACCAGCAAGCUAGCUAAUGCCAACUGGUACUGGGAUGUCUUUGAGCCAGCUAUGGAAGAGAUGUACAAGGGCCAGCUCGUCUACCUUAAAUCGGACGUUCAGAAGCAGGGCAACGAGGACCAGAGAAUGUGGGCCAUGUAUGGCAACCAGGUAUAUGACUUGACCAACUAUUUCCAUACCCUGGACGUGUUCAACAACGACCAACGAUACACGUUCCUCAACCAGGAUCUCACCGACCUGUGGAAAAACAACCCGGGUACAGAUAUCAAGGAACAGCUCGACAUCCUCGUCAACGAUCCUAACAACAACGGUACCGUGCACGCCGAUCUUGCCAACAGCUGGCUCUGCAUCCAGCGUGUUUUCAUCAAGGGCAGUACAGACUUUCGUGUAACCCCUCGAUGCGUCGUCAACAACUACAUUCUUCUCUCCUUCACGAUCAUGUUGUGCGUUGUUAUCGGCCUCAAGUUUAUAUCCGCACUUCAGUUCAGUACCAAGCGACGCCCCUCCCCCCAGGACAAGUUUGUCAUUUGCCAGGUCCCUGCCUACACAGAAGGCGAAGACUCAUUACGAAAGGCACUCGACUCGUUGACAGCACUGCAGUAUGAUAAUAAGCGCAAACUUAUCUGCAUUAUCUGCGACGGCAUGGUUGUGGGUGGAGGCAACGAUCGUCCUACUCCCAAGAUUGUGUUGGAUAUUCUAGGCGUAGACCCCAAGGUUGACCCUCCUGCCCUAGCGUUCAAGGCUGUUGGUCCGGGUAGUGACCAGCUCAACUAUGCCAAGGUCUAUUCCGGUCUUUACGAGUAUGAGGGCAAUGUGGUCCCGUAUCUAGUUGUUGUCAAGGUUGGCAAGGAGUCGGAGCAAACCAAGUCCAAACCCGGUAACCGUGGCAAGCGUGACUCUCAGAUUCUUCUCAUGAGCUUCCUCAACCGUGUUCACCAUCGCUCCCCCAUGAAUCCACUCGAGCUCGAGAUGUUCAACCAGAUUAACAAUGUUAUUGGCGUGGAUCCUGAGCUAUAUGAAUAUCUCCUCAUGGUUGAUGCGGACACCUGUGUUCAAGAGGAUUCCCUCAACAGACUGGUUUCCGCGUGUGCUCACAACGCCAAGAUUGCUGGUAUCUGCGGCGAGACCAGUCUGGAGAACGACCAAAAGUCUUGGUGGACAAUGAUUCAGGUCUACGAAUACUACAUCUCUCAUCACAUGGCAAAGGCCUUUGAGUCUCUGUUCGGCAGUGUUACCUGUUUACCCGGAUGUUUCACCAUGUAUCGCCUCAGAACCGCUGAUAAGGGCAAGCCUCUGAUUAUCUCCGAUGCCGUCAUCAGGGACUAUAGUGUAUGCGAUGUCGAUACCCUGCAUCAGAAGAACCUGCUCUCUCUGGGUGAGGAUCGAUACUUGACAACUCUGAUGACGAAGCAUUUUCCUUCCAUGCAAUUUAAAUUCCUUCCCCACGCUCAGUGCAAAACGGCCGCCCCAGAGUCGUGGAGCGUUCUUCUGUCCCAACGUCGACGAUGGAUCAACUCAACCAUUCACAAUCUUGUAGAGCUUAUGCGGCUCAAGGAUAUGUGCGGCUUCUGCUUCUUUGGAAUGCGUUUUAUUGUCUUCAUCGAUCUCUUUGGCACUAUCAUUCUCCCUGCGACAUGCGCUUACCUUGGGUACAUGAUCUACAGCGUUGCUACUCACCCGACCUCGGUCCCGCUGUGGUCUCUUGUCAUCUUGGCUGCCGUCUACGGUCUUCAGGCCUUGAUCUUCAUCUUGAAGAGACAAUGGCAGCAUAUCGGCUGGAUGAUCAUUUACAUCCUUGCGUAUCCCAUUUACUCGUUCGCAUUGCCUGUCUAUUCCUUCUGGAACCAGGACAACUUCUCCUGGGGUAAUACCCGUGUCGUUAUUGGAGAGAAGGGUAACAAGCAGGUAGUUGCCGUUGACGAUGAGGGCUUCAACCCUCGAUCUAUCCCCCUCCAGCUGUGGGACGACUAUGCGUUGUCUAACGGCCUCCCCGGUCGCCGUGGCACCACCCAAUACCAAGAGAAGCAAGAUGCGGUCUACCAAGAGCAGUACGAGAUGGACGAAAUGAAGUCAGUCUACUCAGCUGGCCCUCAAGGCUCGGUUCUUACGGGCAUGCAUGGCCGUAAUCCGUACAUGCCUCCCUCCCCUGCGCCGUUUGCUGCCAGCCACAUUGGUGAUCCAACCUACAUGUCACAGCGACAGUCAAUGAUGUCCAUGGGUACUGCGAUUCAGGAUCGCAGCCAAUCACCAUACUCGGAUUUCCCCCAGCGGACGAGUGUGAUGCAUACCCGUGGCCCUUCUAAUCUGAUUCCCUCGCCAGGCCUUUCGCCAGGUUUCAAUGGCAUGAACCGCUCUUCUUCCGCCAUGAGCUUUGGUCGAGGCCAUGAAGCAAACCGGUCGACCGCUUCGUUCGAUUUCAUGGGAGGUCCUGGAGGCAUCGGGUCAUCGGAUGCCGCCAUCAUCGAAGCCAUCCAAACCGUGUUGCGAGAUGUUGACCUGGACACUGUGACGAAGAAGCAGGUUCGCGCACUCGUUGAGCAACGCCUGCAGACCGAACUCGUUGGGGAGCGUCGCACGUUCGUGGACAAGCAGAUCGACCGCGAAUUGGAAAACAUGUAAUGAUGCAUAUUGGCAUGGGAUGAACGAAAGAGGGGACGAGCAUGUCGGCAAAUUAGAAGCCUGGUCUUUUUUUUUUUUUAAUAUCUAUCUUCAUACUAAUCAUUCUUUUGGGAGGAGGUGCCAACUCCUUCGUACGAUACUCCACUGACUGGAUGAAAACGGUUACAUUCUAUGAGAUGACAGAAACUCAAAGAUCACAUUGCAAAAAAGAAAGAAAAAAAAAAGGAGCUGCAUCAGCAAGAUUUGUUACAUGGCAAGAGAAAUGGCGUUUUAUGGGUAUGGAAAGUGAGAAGUAUGCCGCCUUUUUACCAUUUUGAGAGAAGAAGAUUAAGUCAUUGGGUUAUGAAUUGGUUAUGCGCCUACUUAUUAGUCUAAAGCUUGCACGAAGUCUUCUGAAGCCAACCUUUUGGGGGGCGGAGAACUUGGUCCUUGCUAUAGCGAUUGUUUAUAAUAGUCAUCUUCAUUGAAGGUUUAUUAUUUUUUU